GUGAAUUGUUGACCUGCCAGACUGAGCACGACACGUUAGCGCUCCUCCGCCCGUUCGCCGCGUCGACGAACGACGACGUUGUCGAGGUGCACGUGCCCGCGGGCCCGCUUGCGAUCGUCAUGGACCGGACCAACGACACGGAAGCCGUGAUCGAGUCGUUUGCCAAGCUACCGUCGGGCCUCGCCGGCGCCAUCGAGAUGCACGGCGGCAUUCCACCAGGCUCCGUCCUCGUCGCGAUCAACCAAAAGGACGUCUCGGGCCUCAACAUGAAGCAAGUCAGCGACAUCUUGCGCGAACAGAAGGACAAGCCCAAGGUCCUUGGCUGGCGCAUCCACAAGCCGCUCUCGCCGCUCAAGACCGACGCCGCGCCGCCGACGCCAUUCUCGGUCAUGGCGCCACCGCUCGCCGACCGGCGUGCUUCGAAUGGCACGGAGUUUGUCACGGAGAACAUUGUCGUGCUCUGCCCAUCCGGGCCGCUCGGCCUCCUCCUCGACGGUCAAGUCAAGCACCGCGCGGUCGUCCAAGGCUUUCAAACGCUACCGGACGGCUCGCCGGGCGUGCUCGAGCUCCACGACAGCAUCCACCCUGGUGCAAGCCUCGUCGCCAUCAACGGCGAAGACGUGAGCGCGUGGCCCCUCGACGCCGUCACGCAGCGCCUCGGCGAGCUCGCCUCGACCGAGCGCAUCCUCGAAUUCGCCCUGCCACGCCGCCGUGCCAACUCGCAGGACUUUGACUUGCGCCGAAAGGAAGAGUUUACGUUUUUAAAAAAGCACGACAAGACCAAGAUCGCGCGUGGCGAGUGCUGGCUCGUGAUUGACGCCAAGUGGAUCGAGCGCUGGGUUCUCUACGCGGCCAUGAGCGGGCCGCCGCCGGGUCCGAUCACAAACGAGGCACUGGUCAUGGACGGGUGGCAGGAACGCCUCACGGGCGCGAUCGCUGGCGACGCGGACCUCCCGCGCCCCAACCUCAAGGUCGGCGUCGACUACCGCUGCGUCACGCCGCUGGUGUGGUGCUUCUUUGUCGCGCUGCACGGCACGAGCAAGCUCCGCCCCUCGCUCGCUACAAGAUGGACAUUUACGCGAGCCCGAUCUCGGCACUCGAGGCCAACAAAAUCCUCAAGCCCAUGUCGCUCAAGGCCGAGACCACGGUCACCGAGAUCAAGACGCGGUGCCACAUCGAGUAGACACGCCAUCGCACGCUGUCAUGGCUUUGUAUGUUAACGCGAAUAUCUGUGUCUGCCC